AUGUUAUUGAAAAGACAAAGAAAACCAAGAAUGAUUAAACAUCCAAUGAAACGCAAGAAUGCCUGUUUUGACAUUCGUCUUUUACAAGUUUCGCCACCGACACCAAGCACCUUAAGAAACAAAAAUAAUAGCAAGAUAUUCUCCUUUAAUGCAGCACAAAACAACAAUUCAUUUCUAUCGAACCACUCAGCCCCUCGACUUUACAUUGAAUCGCCAGCAAGUUCUGCGAACAAUUCGGUGCUUUCGCUGCCCGAACAACAAGAAGACGAAGAUUUAGAUGAGAAUAUCUUCUAUACGACAUUGAGACGAGAUUAUCCCAAAGUGUUUCAUCGUGUUUCGGUGGUUUGUGUACCACAUUCCCGAAGUAUUACUGGUUUGAAAAUGACUCGGGCUUUUAUCGAGACACAUUCGCUCACACCAUCCCCUUAUUUCCAAGGACAAUUCCUGAGUGUUAAUGGAAAAGUCGUAAGUAUAGAGCGGAACGUAAUAAAAGCAAUAUCAGGUUUCAAAGAGGAAAGAACAGUGAGAAUUCUAGGGGAAGAAUUAGUCUACAGCGAAAAUUAUAAAUCAAUUCAAGUUCUGAUUCUUGAAAAACCGCUAGAAGGAGAGGGAAAAGUGUCGGAGGUUUUCGGUAUGGGCAUCCCGACUGAAAGAAAUCACGAGACUGAUUUACAGUUUUUGCAGAGUUUCCCAAAUAAUAGUCAGUCCUUGAUGGAAUUGACACAUGCGGUGGCAGAGUUUAACGAAACUUACGUUUUUGUGCGUGGUUACGCACCGUCAGCUGUUGAUAAGAUUGCACAAAUUUUCCAUAAGGCUGUUCAGAACAUUAUGGAAACCAAUAGUACAAUACGAUCUAUAUGUAAAGUGCAGCACGAAUAUGAGUGUUUCCUGGAGCUUGUUGAAAAUGUCCUGAUGAGUGAAUUGCAUAAUAAAAUAUUUGUGCAAUCACUGUGUCCAAUCUACAAUUCAUACGACAAUUAUCUCGAAUCAAUAAUUUAUGCGUACGGACGAGCACGUAUAACCUUACGAGAUUAUGGUGUAAGUGAACGUCUCCAUGACAUGCCCGAAGAAAUGCUGGAUACCGCGUGUGACAUAUUAGCAGCAUUAGACGAAGAUAACGGCUUAGACUAUCGUUUCCCGCAACAACAACAUUAUGGUGUUGGGUCGACAACAACGAUCCUAGAGGAAGAACCUCCAAAAAAAAAUUUUACGAUACUUGUUAAAACACCUUUAGAGAAACUGAUUUGCGCGAAACGUGCUAUUCAGGAGAUUGCUAAUGCUGCUGACACUUAUCUAAAUCAAUUGGCGCCGAGACAUGGGUCUGAUGAAGAGGAUGCUGAUAGGUCUUCUAUUACGACGGACGAUUUUAUUCCGUUGCUUGCGUAUGUUAUAGUUCAUAGCGGAAUACGACGAUUACAAAGUAUUUUGUUUUAUAUGCAAACAUUUCGGCUGUCGAAAGUUGAACGAUCUGAACUCAGUUUCGCGUUCACAACUUUACGUGCGUCAACAGAAUUUCUGAAAUCUGAUCCAUUAGCGAUUCAUGAUUCCGCAUCUACGACCUCUUCGAUCUCUUCAAUGGCGUCAUCUCAGUCAUCUCUUAAACUUUCCGCAAUCUCAUCACAUCGUAUACGAAGUCGAUCCACGUCUCUAUCAACACCAAAUACAUAUCAGACAUCACAGAAUUCAAACUUGCGUAUGCCAGCGUAUGUUCGAACAAAUUCUGGGAAUUAUAUCGAUCAUCGUCAGUCAGUAAGCGAUGAGUCCCCAAAAUCGGAUACGACUCUUGAAGAUACAGUUCAAUCUCGUAGAUUAUCUUCGAAUUUUUCGAAUUUAUUGAUUAAACCGCAAAUACUAUUGCACCCGAUUCCAAGUCCAAAAGGGCGCAAUAGCAUUGACAGUGAUCAGUGGUCAUUAAGUGAAAAUUCGACAUCGACAGCAGUGGCAACACCAUCGCAACAGAAUAACGAUAACCCCAUAUUAUUACCAGCUGAACCAAUGAUCCCUUCCCCACCACUUCCAGAAUUACCAUUAGCCGUGAAAAAAAAGAUGUCUGAAAAUCACAUUGGUCUUCUGCCACCGUCCGGACAUCCACAAAGCAGCAGUUCGCAAAAUAAACGCCCUAAUCGACAUUCUGUUCCAGAAGUACUUGCGAUAAUUGAACGUGUUCCGCCUCAAAUGCGAGCUAAACGCCAGCCAAUUAUUGAUUUGGAACCGCCUGGUCCUGAAUUUAUGGGAGAAUUUUUGAGCUCGUUGCAGGGGAUCGAUGGUGCAAUAGCUGGCAGCCGUAAUGGUGGAUUUAUACACCGUUGGUAA